CUCAAUCCUCUGCCAUUAUUUUCAAACAACUUCUUCUACCGUGUCUCGAUCGGAACAAGUCCGGGGACGACGCCACUAAUGGCGACGGCUUCUCAUUCUCUGCAGCAUUUGUAUGUCUCUUCAUCUUCUUCAUCUCCUUCCAGAUCAACUUCAACUUGCUCUGAUUCGAAGCCCUUCAAAUCGCUGAUCUCUUUCUCUUCCCGGAUCCGCCCCGUCACGCUCAAAUCAUUGGAGCCAAAUAGGAGGGUGUUUUCAAGUAGGCAAAACCUCGUUGCGAGAGCUUGCAUCAGUAUGGAGGUUGAUAUAUCUUUGAGCCCUAGAGUGAAUUCAGUGAAGCCUUCCAAAACAGUUGCCAUAACCGAUCAAGCAACUGCUUUAGUGCAAGCUGGAGUGCCUGUUAUUAGAUUGGCUGCAGGGGAACCUGAUUUUGAUACUCCUGCUCCAAUUGCAGAGGCUGGUAUUAAUGCAAUCCGUGAAGGGUACACUAGGUAUACACCAAACGCAGGAACUUUAGAACUUCGUUCAGCUAUUUGUCAUAAGUUGAAGGAGGAGAAUGGGAUAUCUUAUACCCCUGAUCAGGUUUUGGUAAGCAAUGGGGCUAAACAAAGUAUUCUUCAGGCAGUCUUAGCAGUAUGUUCUCCGGGAGACGAGGUUCUAAUUCCAGCACCGUUCUGGGUUAGUUACUUGGAAAUGGCAAGGUUGGCAGAUGCAAACCCUGUGAUUAUUCCUACUAACCUAUCAGAUAAUUUUAUUAUGGAUCCGGGGCUUUUGGAGUCCAAGCUCACCGAGAAGUCAAGGCUCUUGAUUCUUUGUUCUCCAUCCAACCCAACAGGAUCUGUCUAUCCCAAGAAAGUGCUUGAAGACAUUGCUAAGAUUGUGGCAAGACAUCCAAGGCUUUUGGUGCUUUCUGAUGAAAUUUAUGAGCACAUUAUUUAUUCACCAGCAACUCAUACAAGCUUCGCCUCUUUGCCAGGAAUGUAUGAGAGGACUCUCACAGUUAAUGGAUUUUCUAAGGCCUUUGCAAUGACUGGUUGGAGACUGGGUUAUAUUGCUGGUCCUAAACACUUUGUUGCUGCAUGCAAUAAGAUCCAGAGCCAUUCCACAUCUGGGGCCAGCAGUAUCGCACAAAAGGCAGGUCUUGCUGCUUUAGGGCUGGGCUAUGCUGGCGGAGAAGCCGUUGCAACAAUGGUAAAAGCCUUCCGUGAGCGACGAGAUUUCCUCGUCAAAAGCUUUGGGGAAAUAAAAGGCGUCAAGUUUUCAGAACCUCAGGGUGCUUUCUAUUUGUUUAUUGACUUAAGCACUUACUACGGAACAGAUGUUGCUGGAUUUGGCAUCGUGAACGAUUCGGAGUCCAUGUGCCGUUAUUUGCUAGAUAAAGCUCAAGUGGCUCUUGUGCCUGGUGGCGCCUUCGGAGACGACACCUGUAUCCGAAUCUCUUACGCAGCAUCACUCCCCUCAUUGGAGGCGGCUGUCUCAAGAAUCCGCAGCGCAUUGCUCUCUCUCAGGCCUGUUUGAUUUACUGCCAUCUCUUCCACAUUCUUUUCUUGCACAUUUGUGAGAUUCUGUUGUUGUGUUGUAGCUUGGCAAUCUAAAAUAUGAACACUAUGUUUCUCCAUAAUGUCUUACGUGUAUUAAAUUGAGCUAUGUUUCUCCGUAAGCAGUUUUUAAUUUAUAAGCGGCUUAUAUGUUAAAUAUUCUUUCAUGGAUGUAAAAUGACUUAAAUGAUAUACGGAGUAUAAAUCAUUUGGUAUAUUCAUAAAACGUGAGAUUAUUU